CAGCCGUUCUGCCGUACAGACGUGUCGGGUAGUGUCUCCACGACACACUGAGUGAUAUUAGUGAAAAUCUGUGCCUUUUACGAGUUCCUUCAACACACUUAUACAAACAAGAUGCGCAGCGACGUGAUGGUAGAAGUGGUGAGCGCCGUGCCCCGCCCCCCAACUCCCCCCGAGGAGUACCCAGGGCUCGAGGAGGUCCCCGGCACGUGGCUGUACCAAGUGCACGACCUCACCCUCAAGACGCUGCGGGCGAGAGAACACGCCGUCAAGAACACGCUUCCCCACGAUCCCCGAACCUGGAGCCGCGACGACGUGCACAGAUGGCUCCACCACGUGUCCGAGGCGCACCAGCUGCCCCGCGUCUUCCCCGAGCGCUUCCUCAUGAACGGCAAGGCGCUGUGUCUCAUGACUCUCGACAUGUUCGUCCAGCGGGUGCCCCUCGGCGGCAAGCUGCUCUACAAGGACUUCCAGCUGAGGCUCUGCAACGCCAUGUACGCCUGAGGAUCCUAGAAGACGUCAGGAGCGAGCCUUAGAGGAGGCCCGUCCGUCCUGCGCGCGGACCAUUCCUGCUCCUCGAGAGGUCCGAGUCUGCGGGAUGGACAAGCGGCCUCACAAGUUUUAUUUUCGACAUCUUCAAGGUGGGGGCGACGUGGCGCGCAGGAGGUCGCCUUGGCCCCGCCUCGUCGUGUUGUUACGCCAAAGAUAGUUACUAGGGCGCCUCGGCCGUGCGCAUCCCUCGCUCCCUGCAGAAGGAUCACCGCGCUCGGGGCCGCCGUGUUCCCACUCUCUUUUUCUUCGAGAAGUCCCACCUUGAGCCCCAGUUCCUCGCCACCCUCCCGCCGCCGACGCCCCUCCCUGCCUCGUGGAGGAAGCCGGGGCGGACAGCUUUGCGUCACGUCUUUGUGCGCCCCUCACGCCCCCUUUGUCCCAGGUGCGAAGCGAGGCGACGGAGGCCCGACCACUACACUUAACCCCUUUGGAUACUCGCCGACAAAGAAACGCGAAGGAUAGUUAGUUUCCUCUCGGUAAACAGCGUGGUCAGUCGGACACGUAGGCUAGGGUUGCGAAGGGGCGGAGAAAGGGAGUUUUCAUUACCUCGACCCCCUCCCCCUUUGACGACGACCCCCUCCCCCCUGCCACGGCCCCCCGCAUCGACCACCAAACAGGAAACCGGUACAGGCACUUCCUGGUCCCGCCGGCGCGCCGAGGGGAGCCCACGCAUUUCCGUCCACCGAACAUCCCCUCGCGCGGACCCUCGCCUCGCGCCCCAAGUGUCCCCUCGGCCUGCCUCUGAGUCCCGUCGCCUAGGAGACGGUCCUGCAGACGCUCAGACUGGGAGAGUCAGUAUCGCUGUGAAAAGAAACAAAAAUCGUCUGCCAGUCAAGCAGUCAUGACUUUCGGAGGGAUGCAUGGAAUCGCCUUUGCCUCCGGACGCACCUCAGAGCCCUCGGCAAACACGGCCCUUCCCCGGUCCACCUGACGUGACCUCGCCCGUCCGGCCGCCAACGGACCUCGGCCUAGACACUCCCCCUUCCUCCGCCUGCAAGACGACACCGCCUCAUAUCCGCCCCUCCGCCUCCCCUCGGCCGCCGGAAAGCCAACACCGCCCCUGUGUUAGUCUGUCAACACGUGACCAGCCCUCCUCGGCUCUCCCCUCGCCCUCCCCUCCGCUACGUAUACUACGACUACUGCUGCUGCCACUACCCCCCCCCCGCCCCCUCCAGCUGCCGAGUAGGGGGGAGGAGGGGGAAGGGAGGGGAGGGGCCAGGCAGCGGACGGACAUCCUGGCAAGCUCGCCGAUACAGAAUCAAUGCCGCCCAGGGGAAGACACGCCCUCAGCGGUCAACUGUCACUUCCGCCCACGCUGAUAACCGGCCCAACAGCACCGACACCGACGCAAUAACUAACAACAACAAACAAGGACAACAACAACAGAAACCAUGCACUGAAGGGACAACUGGUGCGUUUUCGCUCGGAGUAUUUCCUGUUCCACUGAUGCCCUGUUUAGCUUCGUUUCCACGUUGCCAAUUAAAUGUACGGAAAUAUGGCGACAUGGCAGAGCGGUUCCCCAGAGGAGAGGAAAUAAAAAAGACAAUCUGCCCCGAAUCUCGCGUCUCCCGCCAGCAUCCGCAGACUCCCGCCGAAAGAUGCUUGAGUCCCCCCUCCCCGUCCCGCCCGCAUUGCCCGUUUUCCUCGCCCAGGUAAGAAACCCGGGCAGGUAAGUCAGGGGCGAGGUGGGGGGGGGGGGGUAGAUGAUAAGGGCUGGGGGACCUAAACGACGAUACCCGGAUGACACUUACCCCACCCCUCCCCACCCUAUCCCCGUGCCCCAACCCCCACCGCGAACACCGUCGUUGCCACUGCUUUGACCACGUGCGGGACAGCUGCCCUGACUUCACCGGAAACAGCUGAUCUGUCGGGAUAACAGCUGACCGCUUCUCAUCCUCACCCUCCCCUUGCGCCGAGCUCUCCCCAGAACCGCCUCCUGAUUCGUGUCCAUUGUGUCGGCCGCUUAGGAUUGUUAACAUUUACCAGGAGAUGAUUUAGUGCCUCUGGGGAAGUCUCAUGCAGUGCCUUGUUAGCUGAGAACAAUUUAUAUAUAUAUAUUUCUAUUUUUUAUGGUGUAUAUUGCGUAUUCGGGAUGCGUAUAGGAUAUUGGAUUACGCGCGUAUGAUUAGUGACGCUCUGAUGCGUAAUUCGCGUAUCCGAUAAUGAUUUUCUUUGCCUAGAAGCGUCCUCGUCUACUUACGGCCUCCUGAACUCCUCUGAAUCUGACACCCAAGUUCCUUUUUCCCUCGGCGUCUUCCCUCUCCCCUCUCCUCUCCCCCCCUCUCCUUUCCCUUCUCCCCUUCCCCUCUCCCUUUCUCUUCCCCUCUCCUCUCUCCCGUCUCCCCUUUCCCUCUCCCUUCUCCCUCCUUCCCCUCUCCCACUUCUCCUCCAUCCCCUCCCCUCCUUCCCCCUCUCCCUCUCCCACCGCUUCUCUCUCCCCCCGCAACAAGCGUCAUCAAUAGGAUGCACAGGAC